AUGAACAAUCGAUCUUCCCAGGCUCUCGCUCCCUUCACGCCCCAAACCAAGGAAAAAUUCCUGCAAUUCCUCCUCGAAAAUCCAUCUACUCGUCGAGUCUCCCGACAUGGCACGGAAAGCCUCCUCGAAUGGUUGACGAACCCUUUAAAGCGACCCACCUCACAAACAGAGUUCAGUCGACGAAACUAUGUUCGGAAGACAUUCGUCUGGGAUAUGGAUUCCCAAAAACUCCUGGCAAAGCCAAAGUCUAGUGAAGCAUGCUAUCGCGUGGUAGUUUUUGAAGAUAAAAUCGCCGAUACUGUGGAGUCGGUCCACGAAAGCAACGGCCAUGCUGGGUGGGAUGGCACUUGGAAGAGCAUCAGCAGCUCUUAUUACGGGAUAUUGAGGUCAGAUGUCAUAUAUCUGUUGAAGCAAUGUCAGAUUUGCGCCCACGACCCUUCUAAGCGCCCCAAGAGAACAAAAGCCAGCGUGAUAGACCCAUCCUCGGCUCAUGAAGCUCUGUCUAGUGCGGAAAGGGGGGUAAUUGAACGUGGUGAUACCAAUUGGGACUUUCGGGCAUGUGAAGAGCUGGCUGCAGGCCAAAACGAUGGCAAAUGUUGA